AUGACCAUGGACGACAUAUCAAACCCCUCUGGAUCUCCAAUGCGCGACACUAGACGAGCCAACGUUGUCGGCCUGGAGUUUUGGCCGGCCGACGUCGAUGACACCGUGCCCACCGGCCAGUCACGAUCGUGGAAUGGGCCAAUCGAACCUUCGAGUUUCACUUCGCCAGCCUGCCCAGUAUCGCCUGUCUCCGCCACAAGCGGUGCCGCCGGGCACGGAGUGCAUUCUGUCGACAUGACCAAAGGGUCUCUACCUCUAACUUUGGAAGAAGUUAAAAGCUACACCUCCAUCAUUGAUAGAAUCCUUGCAACCUCAGAUCUUUACACCGUCACCCGGAGGCAGAUACGGGUACAACUUGAGAAGGCCCUUGGUGGCAUAACCUUAAUCAACAAAUCGAAUGCCAUCAAAGCAUUGAUUGAAGAACGAUUCGAUAACAUCACUGGAUCGGAGGCCGCCGUGUCACGUACUCUUGACUCUUGCUCUUCGAGUUCGGCACUCAGAGAAGAAGUGAAUGAUCAACUUGGGUACAUUAGACAACCAAACUCUCGGGCGGAGAGGCCCUUCAAGUGUUAUCAGUGCUCCCAAUCUUUCAGCCGCAACCGCGAUCUGAAGAGGCACAUGCGAAUUCAUCAAAGUUUAAAACCUUUCCCUUGCAAUUCAUGCCACAAGAGCUUCUCCCGAAAAGCAGCACUGGAAAGACAUCAUCAAAUCAAAGAUUGUAGCAGCAAGGAACGUCGCGAGUUGGCCGGUGAACACUUGGAACAGUAUCAUGUAUUGGAUUAUACGGUUGGUUUCAAGUCGGGUAAGAAUAACUGUUUGCUUCAGAUGAGUCUCCAAAGAGACUGCUGA